AUGCCGCACUCAGUGUCGCCUGCUGCUUCGCUUAGUCGCGACGAUGAAGAGCUCCCAGAUGCUCCUGUGGAGAGUACGACCGAGAAUGGCGGGGUCAAGCUGGAGGAUAUGUUCAACGAUGAUGACGACGAGGAGUUCCCAGCGCCCAGCGCCCAAGAUGUGAAGAUGGAGUCUUCUCCGGCCCCAGAGCCUGCGGCCGCCCCUGCACCAGGUCCUUCCGGAGUCGACACCGAUGUCAUGCUCGCCUUCUAUCAACGCCUGUUCCCAUUCCGAUACUUGUUCCAAUGGCUCAAUCACGGAGUCGUACCCACGAAAGAUUUUGGCAAUCGGGAGUUUGCGUUGACCCUGCAGAAUGACGCAUAUCUUCGAUACCAGUCCUACCCGACCGCAGACUUGUUCCGAAAAGACAUCCUGAAGAUGAACCCCUCCCGAUUCGAAAUUGGGCCCGUGUAUAGCACCAACCCCCGCGAUCGCAAAACGCUUCGAGGCGGCCAGAUGAAACCAGUCUCGAAAGAGCUGGUCUUCGAUAUUGAUAUGACAGAUUACGACGAUAUUCGAACUUGCUGUCAGAAAGCCAACAUCUGCCACAAGUGCUGGACAUUCGUGACAAUGGCUAUCAAGGUCAUCGAUAGCGCCCUUCGGGAAGACUUUGGCUUUGAGCAUAUUCUGUGGGUCUACUCUGGUCGUCGUGGUGCCCACGCGUGGGUCUGCGAUCCGCGUGCGCGCAACUUGCCAGAUGACCGAAGAAGGGCGAUUGCUGGGUAUCUCGAGAUUCUGCGUGGUGGGUCGCAAAGCGGCAAGCGAGUGAAUAUCAAGCGACCCCUUCACCCCCACGUUACCCGUAGUCUGGAUAUUCUGAAGAACUACUUCGCCCAGACUACGCUCGUUGACCAAGACACAUUCGCCAGCUCUGAGCAAGCGGAAAAACUCUUGGCCUUGCUCCCAGACAAGUCAUUAAAUGAGUCUUUGAAGAGAAAGUGGGACUCGUCGCCAGAUCGGCCCAGCACUAGCAAAUGGGCCGAUAUCGAUGCCCUCGCCAAGACUGGCAAGAGCAGUACUUUGAACACGACCACUCUGCGAGAUGCCAAGCAAGAUAUCGUUCUAGAAUAUACCUAUCCACGCCUUGAUGCUGAAGUCAGUAAGAAGAUGAUUCACCUGUUGAAGAGUCCUUUUGUCAUCCACCCCGGGACAGGGCGCAUUUGUGUGCCCAUCGACCCCCGCAAAGCAGAUGAAUUCGACCCCCUCUCGGUUCCUACUGUGAUGGAAUUGUUAGGGGAAAUCGACGCAUACGAUGCAAAGCAUCCUGCUGCCACUCAAGAUGCGGAAAUGCCUGACGUUGAGGGCAGCGCAGUGAAUGGCUCAGAUAUCAAGGGCUCUCGCAAACUUCAAGACUAUGAGAAGACCAGCCUGAAGCCGUACAUUGAGUUCUUCCGGUCAUUUAUCGCAAAUUUGCUCAAAGAAGAGCGUGCGGUCAAACGAGAGCGCGAAGAGACCGCUCCGCCGGUCAAGGCUGAUCCGAUGGAGUUCUGA